CGCCCCCCACCCCAAGUGGAUAAGUCUCGUAGCCCCCAACAACUAACCCCCUCCCUCCCCCCCGUCAUUCAUUGCCCCCUCUCUAUAUAUAUUCCCCUGCCUCCCCCCAUCACUUCUUCAAUUCACAACAAUUACCAAUAAACCCCCCUUUCCCUAUUGUAAUUACCGCUAUGGAGACGCCCUCCGUGAACACAAAACCCUCCUCCUUGCAAGUGGACGCAUUGUCCGGCGCGGCGGAGCAGACGCCGAUAUGGAAGAUCGUGCUGGUGGCGGCGAUUGCCGCCGGAGUCCAGUUCGGGUGGGCCUUGCAGCUCUCCCUGCUCACCCCCUACGUCCAGUUGCUCGGCGUCCCGCACAAAUUCGCCUCCUUCAUGUGGCUCUGCGGCCCCAUCUCCGGCAUGAUCGUCCAGCCCCUCGUCGGGUACUACAGCGACAAUUGCACCUGGCGGUUCGGCCGCCGCCGCCCGUUCAUCGCCUCCGGCGCCCUGCUCGUCAUUCUCGCCGUCUCCCUCAUCGGCUUCGCCGCUGACAUUGGCCACGCCGCCGGCGACUCCCUCGGGAAAACCACUAAGCCCCGANCUGCUCACCCCCUACGUCCAGUUGCUCGGCGUCCCGCACAAAUUCGCCUCCUUCAUGUGGCUCUGCGGCCCCAUCUCCGGCAUGAUCGUCCAGCCCCUCGUCGGGUACUACAGCGACAAUUGCACCUGGCGGUUCGGCCGCCGCCGCCCGUUCAUCGCCUCCGGCGCCCUGCUCGUCAUUCUCGCCGUCUCCCUCAUCGGCUUCGCCGCUGACAUUGGCCACGCCGCCGGCGACUCCCUCGGGAAAACCACUAAGCCCCGAUCCGUUGUCGUCUUCGCCGUCGGCUUCUGGAUCCUCGACGUUGCCAAUAACAUGUUGCAGGGUCCAUGCAGAGCACUGCUGGCGGAUCUCUCGAGCGGUAAUGCGGACAAGAUGCGAGCCUCAAACUCCCUCUUCUCCUUCUUCAUGGCCGUCGGAAACGUCCUGGGCUACGCCGCCGGCUCCUUCUCCGGCCUCCACAAAGUCUUCCCCUUCUCCAUGACCGACGCCUGCGACGUCUACUGCGCCAACCUCAAGAGCUGUUUCUUCAUCUCCGUGGCCCUCUUGCUCGUCGUCACCACCCUGGCGCUGACCUUCGUCAAGGAGAGGGAGAUCAAAGUCCCCGCCGGCGAGAAGGAGAAGGCCGCCGCGGCGGGCGGCGUCCCCUUCUUCGGCGAGAUCUUCGGCGCCCUGAGGGACCUCCCGAGGCCGAUGUGGAUUCUGUUGCUCGUCACGGCGCUCAACUGGAUUGCGUGGUUCCCCUUCCUCUUGUACGACACCGACUGGAUGGCCAAGGAGGUGUACGGCGGAGUGGUGGGCGACCGCCUGUACGCCAGGGGAGUCCACGCCGGCGCGUUGGGUCUCCUCCUCAACUCGGUGGUUCUCGGGUUCAUGUCCAUCGGAGUGGAGCUGGUGGCCCGGCGGUUCGGCGGCGUCAAGAAGCUCUGGGGCUGCGUCAACUUUAUACUGGCGAUCUGCUUGGCCAUGACGGUCUUGGUCACCAAAAUGGCGCAGCAUACACGGCAACACGAUGCCGCCGGCCACGUACUGCCGCCGACCGCCGGCGUCAAAGCCGGUGCCCUGCUUCUCUUUUCCGCCCUCGGGAUUCCUCUUGCUGUCACUUUUAGCAUCCCAUUCGCUCUAGCGUCCAUCUUUUCGAGCAAUGCUGGCGCCGGCCAAGGUCUCUCGUUAGGCGUCCUCAAUCUGUCAAUUGUCAUACCGCAGAUGCUGGUGUCGUUCUUGAGCGGGCCGUGGGACUCGCUGUUCGGAGGAGGGAACCUGCCGGCAUUUGUGGUGGGAGCGAUUUCGGCCGCCGCAAGCGGGAUUUUCGCGAUGACCCUUCUUCCAUCUCCGCCGCGCGAUGUCGCGCUCUCCGCCGCCGGUGGUUUCCAUUGAGACCAUAUCCAGUCCUGAUCGAGGAGGAGCAGAUUUAAUUAAUUAAUUAAAUUUCCUCACACAUAUACAUGCACCUCUUGUAUCUAUCUUUAUCUGUUUUUUUUCUCUAAAGUUGUCAGCUGUUGUAACAGGGGAAAUAAUUAACUCCCUCGCUACUCGUUUGAGAGUCGUCGUCGUCCGCAUCGUUAAUUUUGUGCCGCCUGUAAUUUCUUCUGUACAGGUUGAAAGAACAUCGUCCCGUUAAAAGAAACGGGUUUUUCUUUUUUUUUUAAAAAAGCUAUGGGGCACUUUGGAAAUCUUCCGACGCUGUCUUCUUAGAAUAAAAGUCAGAAUCCUCUCUAUUUUGUGGAAAUUGACUUCUGUUCUGUUGCCUGUAUGAUAUUUUUCAUAUUGAAUGGAAGUUUUAUUUUUAGAGUUUUGUCAUUUUC